AUGCUGUCAGUCUCAUUGCCUUCUCUAAGGUCACUCCUACCUUUCCCCAGAGGAAAGAAGGUAAUCGACCUACCACCUGUGAAGAUCCAUGAUAUCGAAGCGCCAGAAAAGCAUGCACGGGCAUUGAAGUACUUGCUGAAAUUGAAUCAUGCAAACUAUGCCAUCUUAUACAACCACCGAAGGUUCCAUAAUCAUGCACCCCAUCUUCUUGGUGCAGCGUUCCUGCUGGGCGCUGAUGCAGAUGACCUAAACCGACUCUAUGAGUCCGAGUCAAAGUUAUUGGACGCAUGGGAAGACUCACCUGCCGAGGUGACUGAUGAAGACUGGAGAAAUUACCUAGGUCAUAGAGAGUAUGUACUAUGCAGACUGCUCUGGCAAAUUUUGCAACACGCGGUACUAACGGGAUUGAGCAGAUAUGAAAAAGCAUUUGUGGAUUACUACGAAGAUGAACUCGUUCGACUCAGCUACGAUUGGAAAGAAGUCAUUAACCAGUACCUGUUCUCUGGCGACCAACCCAUUUUCAACUCAAUUCUUGCAGAUCUGGGCCAUCCCCUCAUCCAUCUCGCGUACGCCUAUGAGAUAAAUAGCCGUGAAGUUGCAAUCGAGGCACUGGGUUUGGCCUCUGUGUGUUACAAUAGCACGCACAAGUACCUAGACGACCCGGUCUACUCACAAAUCGAGCCGUCAUACCAAACAACAUCCCUCUUUGAAGUUCUUGAUAAAGUUCGCUCCGACAAGCAUUUCAACGACCUCCCUACUACGCCAGAUCAUCACAACCUCCUGAACACCCAUGAGGCCUCUGUAUUAAAUCACUGGAACGCCUGGAAAAUCGAGAACCCGAUGGAACAGUUCCGCGAGAGUCAAAAGCUCGCCGCCGUACUUUUCAGUGCAACUCAUGGAACCCAGAAGUACGAUUUCUUCCUCGUACACAUCUUAACUACCAGUCAUGCAGUUCGCGUGCUACUACCGCUGAUUCCGCCAAAAUUCCAGAUCCCGCUUCUGCGGCAGUGGUGGUUAAUGACGCUCACCACGUUUAUUGGCCAGCACCGGCGAGAGAUUGACUUGGAACGGGUGAGCAGUUACGAUAUUGAAGGACGAGACUGGAAAUGGACCGCGAGUCAGGCGAUAAAUGGUGAGAAUUCGACAGAUGUUCAUUAUCUCAAGGCUAUUCAUUCGUUGGAAGAAAUGGCCUCGACUUGGGGAGACCAGGACAACUUCUAUCUGAAGGCGGCUGUUCAAUUUGUAGAUGAAUUUAGUGGAUGGGGUUUUGUAUGA